AAUGAAUCCAAUUCCAAGGCCAUUUCAAACAUGGAUUAAGGGUUUUGCAGUUAUAUUUGGUGGAAUAGUAACACUGAAUGUGGCUUCUACGCUUACCCUCAAAGCGUUUCAAAUUGCUUCUGAGAAUAAACGGAAAAAAACAGCGUUGCCGUGUAUGAGUUGUAGAGGGAAGGGGUUUUAUACGUGCAAAUUGUGCAAUGGAAAAGCAACCAUAUCUUGGUCUCCAAUGUAUGAUCCUAUUGCAAUUAACCCAUGUGUUUGUCCAACAUGUGAGGGAAACGGGGUACAACGUUGUUUGAAUUGUCUGGGUAAAGGCUAUGACUAAGUUGUAACUUAUGUUACUUAAUUUUGUAACUUAAGUUUAUUUUAGUGCGUAUGAGAGCUUGCACAAUGUUGUUAAUACUUUCUUCGGAUUGAAUUAUUAUCAUUAUGUUCCUAUGAUAAUGUAGUAAGAACUAAGUUUCUGCUAUUGUAAAUUUUGGCUUACCAAAUUCAAGAUGGAACAUGUCAAUCUCUAUACAGUGUUUAGUGAAUGAAGUGUUGAUGUUGAUGUACUUCAAACUUCAAACUUUGCCGAUGAUUAAAGUCACUGAGUUUCUUCAAUAGCUACAAUAUAUAACUAGCCUAAAUCAUAGAAUGUAUGAGGAGCAGUAACCAGUUUCACUUGGGAUUUCCUCGUUU